AUGCUAUACAAGCAUGCAGUCGAGGAUAGUCUCGGAGUGACAGCACUCAUGUGGGCUGCGUCGAAAGGCCACGAACCUCUAAUCCGACUGCUCCUAGAAAAAGGAGCGGCUGGGGUUAAUGACCGUGACGACGAAGGCCUCACUGCACUUCAUCGGGCCGCAUCGGAGGGGCAUAUCGAGAUAAUCGAGUCUUUCCUUAAGCACUGUGCCGAUAUACAUGCCCGCACGGACGACUUUUCGACGGUCCUCCAUUGGGCAGUGACAUCAAGGUCAGAAGAUGUAGUCAGGUUGAUUAUUAAGAGCAGUUUUAAUGGGAAAGAAAUUGAUUUCCAAAACUUUGAGGGAUCGGUCUAUAGUCAACGAUAUCGGGGUACAGCACUUCACUGGGCAGUGAUAGGAGGACACGAGGGUGUGGCCCGGGUAUUACUUGAGGAGGGUGCCGAUAAAAAUCUUAAAGACAAUACUGGGAGAAUAGCUAUUUUUUGGGCCGUGGAGUUCGGAUAUGGGGGUUUAUGCAGGAUGUUUCUGAUGGACGGGUUUGAUUCUAAUGUGCGAGAUAAUUUUGGGUCCACGAUAUUUGAGCUGGCAGAGUCCGCGGAGAACGAUGAGAUAGUGAGGCUUCUGAAAGCAUACUAG